UCCUUCCAAUGGCGACUGCAAACAGGCUGAAUAGAAAGCGGGAGCAACCGUGGAGGGGGUCAGAGCUGUGUAACCGAAAUUAAAUAAAUAUAUCCUAUUCUCUGUAGUCAUAAAGUUAUACUAAAAUUCGCUUCGCCUCUCCAAUCACGGCUGAUUCAAUGGCCAAAAAUCGGAACAUUUCGCUCCUUGAGUCGGAGCUCUAUUACUUGAUUUCUCGUUUUCUAACAACGGGUCCAUGUCGGAGAGCGGCUGAGGUCCUGGCGAGCGAACUAGAGGAAUAUCAGCUCUUACCCGGGAGAUUGGACUGGCUGGGAAACGAGCACCCGAGAACAUAUGAAGAUGUGGUUGCAGCCAACAGACAUAUUGCUCCAGACCAUUUGCUACAGAUAUGUAAGCAGAUUGGACCAAUUCUUGACCAAGAGGUGCCAUCGUGUGUCCCAGGUGUACACUCUCUCUUGGGGUCUGGACAGCAGUCAAUGCUUAGGACCCGAAAAGACUGCGACAAUGUGCGGUUUAACGCUUCAUCAUAUGCAGCCCUUCACCGGGGCAGACCACCAGAGAGGCCUUUGAACUGCAAGAAACCUUCACACCUAGUGAAGGUCCAUCGAGGGAGAGAGCUGACGGGAGUGCAGCGCUUCAGCUCCAUCAAUCCUGUCAGUAACUAUGAACACAUGCGGCUGCACAGGCGGAUCCUGGGGCAUCUGUCUGCUGUGUACUGUAUCGCAUUUGAUCGCACCGGUCUCAGGAUCUUCACAGGCUCGGAUGACUGUUUGGUGAAGAUUUGGUCUUCAUUUGAUGGAAGGCUUCAUUCGACGUUGCGAGGACACUCUGCAGAGAUCACAGACUUGGCGGUUAAUUAUGAGAACACACUAAUUGCCGCAGGAAGCUGUGACAAGACCAUCCGUGUGUGGUGCCUUCGUACCUGUGCCCCUGUUGCUGUGCUGCAGGGGCACAGUGGAUCCAUUACCUCCCUACAGUUCUCACCGUUUGCCAAGGGCUCAAAACGUUACAUGCUGUCCACUGGAACUGAUGCUACUGUCUGCUUCUGGCAGUGGGAUGUCAACAACAUCAACUUCAGUGAUCGGCCACAUAAAUUUACAGAGCGGCCGAGGCCAGGAGUUCAGACAGUGUGUUCCUCAUUCAGUCCAGGCGGGAUGUUCUUAGCAACAGGAAGUACUGAUGAUGUCAUCAGGAUAUAUUACUUGGGAGGCGGGAGUCCAGAAAAGAUAUCAGAGCUCCAUGAGCACACGGACAAAGUUGAUAGUAUCCAGUUUUGCCACUCAAGUGAAAGGUUUGUGAGUGGAAGUCGAGACGGAACAGCACGAAUCUGGAAGCUCCAUUUACGGCAGCAGUGGAGGUGCAUCCUGCUCAACAUGUCUGCCACUCUUCCAGGUGUUGAACCAAUGAGUGAAGAGGAAAGCUACUUCAAACCCAAAGUUACCAUGGUAGCGUGGGAUCGCCAUGAUAAUACAGUCAUCACGGCUGUUAACAACCAUCUCCUCAAAGUGUGGAACUCCUACACAGGACAGCUGCUACAUAUCCUUAAAGGCCAUGAGGCUGAGGUAUUUGUGCUGGAGCCGCACCCUUUUGACCCCAGGAUCAUCCUGUCUGCCGGCCAUGAUGGGAAUGUCUUCAUAUGGGAUCUGUUACGAGGGACAAAUACACAGCAUUACUUCAACAUGAUUGAAGGCCAGGGUCAUGGAGCCGUUUUCGACUGCAAAUUCACCCCCGAUGGCCAUCGUUUUGCCUGCACAGACUCCCAUGGCCAUCUGCUCAUCUUUGGCUUCGGCAGUUCUAAGCCGUAUGAGAAGCUUCCAGAUCAGGUGUUCUUCCACACAGACUACCGACCGCUGAUCCGAGACACCAACGGCUUUGUGCUGGAUGAACAGACACAGCAAGCACCCCAUCUCAUGCCCCCACCCUUCUUGGUGGACGUGGAUGGAAACCCUCAUCCACCAAGGUACCAGCGUCUUGUCCCAGGUCGAGAGAACAUUGCUGCUGAGCAUCUGGUUCCUCAGCUGGGAUAUGUAGCCACCAGUGACGGCGAGGUUGUGGAGCAGGUAAUCAGCCAGCAGACUGCAGAGCCCGAUGAGGUUGCGACAAGACGCAGCAGCCUUUUGGACGAAGCCAUCCGUCAUCUCCAGGAGCGGCAGGACCGUCAGAAUCAGCUUGGGACAGAAGCAGCUCCAGGUGCUGGACCAGGACCUGAAGGACAAGCGGAGGCACAGGGCCCAGCCUUGGCACCAGCACCAAGCACACCACGCAGAGUGUCUGUGAAUGAUCGCGCAGACGUGCAGUCACCGCCUAAUGUGGGUUUGCGCCGCAGUGGACAGGUAGAGGGUGUGAGGCAGAUGCACCAGAAUGCUCCUCGCAGCCAGAUGGCCACAGAGAGAGACCUGCAGGCCUGGAGACGCAGAGUGGUGGUGCCUGAGGUGGCACCCAGCAGCUACAGGGACCAGGAGGAGAUUCGAACAUCCAGAGGAGAUGAGGAGAUGGCUCUGUACAACGCAAAGAAAAGACGCAUUAUCUACAGCAGUUGUCGAGAUGAUUCAGAUGAAGAGCCUCCCACCACAAAGCGAGCGCAUGGCCGCAGUGACGCGCUGGAAUACAUCGACUUGUCAUGUGAAGAGGGAGAGGAGACUGCAAGCUCGGAGGUACACUCUGAGGACAAUGAAAUGGAUGGCAGUGAUUUGGAUUCUUCCAACGAUGAGGAAGAGUGGAACAGUGACAGCUCAAGCCACACGUCCAGCGAGUACUCGGACUGGACGGCAGAUGCUGGCAUCAACCUGCAGCCCUCCACCCCCUUGUCAUCACGGAAACGAGUGCGGCGCCGACUCAGCAGCUCUGAAGAGGAGGAGGAUGAGAAUGAGGAAGAGGAGGAGAAGCAGCAGCAGCAGAGUGAUGAUGACGAAAAAACUGGCGAGGAAAAAGCUGGCAAGAAAAGCAAAGAGAAGUCUAAAAAAGCAAAGAACAAGUCGCCCAGGCGUCCAAAGGUUCGACCUUCCAUCAACAGAGAAGUGUCUAACGAGUUCAGACCCUCACCAUGGAUCACUGAUGUCAUUCCCAGGAAGUCUCCUUUUGUUCCCCAAAUGGGGGAUGAGGUGAUCUACUUUCGGCAGGGACACGAGGCAUAUGUUGAGGCAGUGAGCCGGAGUGAGCUGUAUCCCAUUAACUUAGACAAACAGCCCUGGAAGAAAAUGGAACUGCGGGACCAAGAGUUUGUGAAGAUCACCGGAAUCAAAUAUGAAGUCUGUCCUCCAACACUUUGCUGUUUGAAGCUGACUCUGAUCGACCACGGCACUGGCAAAAUAUCAGACAGGUCGUUUUCUGUCAAGUAUCACGACAUGCCAGAUGUCAUCGAUUUCCUUGUUUUGAGGCAAAGUUAUGACGAGGCGCUUCGUAGAAACUGGCAACCAAACGACCGGUUCCGUUCAGUAAUAGACGACGCCUGGUGGUUUGGGAUGAUUGUCUGUCAGGAACCGUACCAGCCUGAAUACCCUGACAGUCUCUUCCAGUGCUUCAAAGUCAAAUGGGACAACGGGGAGACAGAGAAACUGAGUCCUUGGGAUGUGGAGCCGAUUCCAGAUGAUGCCCAGCAGCCAGAGACAGAAGGCGGCGGCAUUCCUGUGACUGCAGAAGAGAUGAGUGAGCUGAUGUACAAGCCUCUGCCUGGGGAGUGGGGGGAGAGGAGCAGGGACGCGGAGUGUGAACGUAUCGUUGCCGGCAUUGACCAACUCAUCACCGUCGAAAUUGCAGCUCCCUUCUCUGGUCCUGUAGACUUAGUUCAGUAUCCCACCUACUGCACUGUGAUCGCCUAUCCCACUGACCUUGGCACAAUCAGACUGCGACUCAUAAACAGAUUCUACAGGCGCCUCUCAGCAUUAAUUUGGGAUGCCAGGUAUAUUGCACAUAACGCCCGCACUUUCAAUGAGCCAAGGAGCAAGAUAGCCCACUCUGCAAAGAUCAUCACAAAUGUCCUCCAGAAGUUUGUCAAUAAUCCAAGCUGCACAGAUAUCAUGGAGAUUUACAAUGCUGUUGAAGAAAUGGAUGAUGAUGAUGAGGAAGAGGAUACAGAGGCACCGGGAACAUCUUCUGGACACAGACUGCGUCAGCGUCCUGUCGAGGUGGUGCCUGACAGAGACGCCUGGAAGGAACAGUGCAAGAAUCUACUCAACUACAUUUUCGAGUGUGAAGACUCAGAACCGUUCAGACAGCCUGUGGAUCCUCAGAACUAUCCAGACUACCAUGACAUCAUUGACACACCAAUGGACUUUGGCACAGUGAAAAGGACCCUGGGGGAAGACCGCUAUGAAAAUCCUGUAGAGCUGUGCAAAGACACCCGACUAAUAUUUGCCAAUGCUAAAGCCUACACACCCAAUAAACGCUCCAAGAUUUACAGUAUGACCUUGCGGCUCUCUGCCUUCUUCGAGGAGCACAUCAGAGCAAUCAUAUCUGAAUACAAAACUGCCAUCAAGAGCAGCGACAGGCUCCGCCGCAGUCAGCGGUUCCGCAAGAAAAUGCAGCAGCAGGAUCAGUCCAACGCCACAUCAAGUCAUAAGAGAGCUGCUGUAAAAACUCAGGAAAAAGUGGAGCCGACGUCAGUGACCAAAUCUACCUCAGCCAAAGUGUCUGUCCCUGAAAGAGUCAGGAGGAGUCGAAGCAGCAGCUCAGGUCACAGCUCGUCAGAUGACGACUCCGGCUCCAAAGCUGCUUCAUCAACACCAGAGUCUGACAGUGAGAGUGAGCUGAGUGAGUCAGAGGUGGAGAAACGCCCUGGUUCCUCAAGGCACCCUCAACUCAGACAGAAAGCAAGAGUUACAAGAAGCAACCGUGCCAAGCAGAGGAAAAAAGUUGCAGAGAGUGAUAGUGAAGAGGAGGAUGAAGACGAAGAAGAAGAGGAGGAGGAAUUUGAUAGUGAUGGUGAAGAUGGAGAGGAGGGAGGCGUGUCCUCCCAGCCUUCACGGCGUCGUUACCCCAGCAGGAGUAAGACUAGCAGAAGCACGCGGCUGACCAGAAACAGUGCUGGUGCUGACAGGAAGCGCACAGAGGGCAGAGCAGAGGUGAACGGCCACAGCAGCAGGUCGUCUCGCAGGGAGAGACGUCACCAGCAGGACUCUGACAGAGCCACAUCCCAGGGCUCCGACAGGGAAGAGGAAGAGGAAAUCACGGUUCGCAGGUCACUCAAGAGAAAGACGGCGAGGGCAGCUGUGAAUAAGAUAAAACUACUUGAAGCAUCAGAUGAGGACUAUGAGGAGGAGGAGGAGGAGGAGAAGCCAAGAAGGAGCAGCAGCCGCCUCCGCCACUCAGUGCGGACCAGCAAACGCACCGCAGUGAUCCAGAGCAGCUCAGAGUCUGAUGAAGAGCCAUCAAGACGGGCGUCUCGGAAAACGAUGGAAUCAGGUAGUGAAUCGAAGGACGAAGGGGACGGCAAUGACAAUGAUGCUUCAUCCUCCUCCCAGAAUCGGCAGAAUGGAGACACAAGGUCCAACAAACAGAAGACAUCAAGACAAGCUGCUAAGCCAAAGGGAAAUGAUACUUUGUCCCAUGUCAACGGCCACAGUGCGAAACAUCACUCGUCCGACAGCAACUCUGAGCAAGAAGACGCUGCAGAGGAGAGCUCUGAAGAAGCUGAUGUUUCUGUGACUCUUAAACCAUCUCGAAGCACUGCAACCACUCCAGCCAGGAAAAAGAGGAUUACAAGUGAGGAGGAAGAGGAGGAGGUAGAGGACACUGAACACAGGACCACACCCCGCAAACUUCCUGUCAGCUCAGACGAAGACAAAGACCACAAUUCUCAGAAACGCCCACACCAAAAUGGAAGAAAUGUGGAGGAAGCAAAUCACAAGGACUCUAAGAAAAAGAGUAAAGUUUCGCCAUCAAGAAGCCAAGACAAACAAAAAUCUGCCUCAACUAAUGAACUGGAUGGUGCUGAAUCGGAGGAGCUCAGUGAUUCCCCAAAGAGAUCCAGCCCACGCAAGAAAGGAUUGAAAAAAAAUGAAGAAAGCAACCACUCCAGUGAGGAAUCUGAAGUUGAAACCAGAUCGAAGCGGCCAACGAGAAACAAGACGAGAUCGAAACGGCCUCGUGGCAACACCUCCGUUUCAGAGAGCUCUGAGCAGGAGUACAAACCCAAGAGGAAGUCGAGGAGGAAACGCUCCACUGGCUCAUCAGACGAAGAGUCAGAUAAUUCAGACAACACAUCAAACAGACGGCUGAAUCUCCGAGCACUACCAAAAAAGAAAUACAUCAGUGACAACUCUCCCUCUGAGGAAGAGUCUGCCUCUGCGAGCCAGCGCAAACAGGGAAACGGUAACAAAAAAGCCACAGUGUCACGGGAAGACAGGUGUAAUAAGAGAGACUCUAACAGAAGCUCUCCCAAUGAAGCCAGGAAUCAGCUGUCUUCCAGCAGAAAACGUAUUUACACCUCAGACUCCGAAGAUGCGGAGGAGGACAAAGAGAAGGAGCCAGCGUCCAAGAACAAUAAAAAUAGCCAGUCGGGCUCCUCAAAACGUCCCAAAAGGGAAUCCAAACCAGAGGAAGGUAACAGCAACAAGGAGGAAACCUCUUCCAAAUCUGAUUCCAGCGAGGAGGCCGAUGUUGGGCGUUCGAGGAGCGUAAAGAAAAACACGAGGCGGCCAAAACACAAACGAAAGGAAAGCUACAGCAGCAGCAAUCACAGCUCUGACUCAGAAAGUGAGCAUUCGUCUUCGGCCUCUGAAAACUCGUACGCCAGCUCAGGGUCCCACAGCAGUCCAAAGAGGAGAAGUCACCGGCGGUCUGGGGUUGGGGAAAGGACUGUCAGCCGCCAGCUCAGGCAGCGCCGCCAACGGUCUGCCUCAGAGGAGGAGGAGGACGACAGCGACGUGUCGUACAGCAAACCACAGCGAAAGACGCGCGUGAACACCCGUAACCGGGGGAAACGGACAGUAAAUUAUCACGACAGCGAAUAAAGGGCGUAGCGGCUGGAACUGUAGAGGAGAGAUGAAGACGGAUAUUAACUGGAGACCUUUAAAAACACUUGAUGGCCGCGUUAUGGUAGUAGCACUGGAGUCCUCGAAAGAAAAUGCUGUGAAUCUGUUUCAUUCAGGGAUAUUUAUAUUUUCUAUGAAAAACAUGUUUAUAGAUGUAAUACAAAUUCAAGCAUUUGAACUGCUGGUUUUCACAAGGAUACAGAGCAAAACGCCACCUCCCAUACUGCUUGUUGUGAUUUGGCCAGCAGAGUUACCAUUCUGGGGAAUCUUGUCAGCUUGGGUGCUAUCUAAUAUACCUCUGUUUAAUCAAGCAUAUUGCUGGCUUGCACUAAGAAACACUGUAAUGAGGUAUUUCAUACACUAGUUUUGCAUUAGAAACUCAGGGGUCAACUAAGUUUACUGUAGUCUCAGACAUGCAGUUGUUUUUUGAGCUUAGGUAAGGACAAGAAACAAUUCCAGGUCGGCAGAUGUCCAAGCACACUCACUGGGACAAAACAAAUCCAUGUUCAGACUUUCGACAACAGCACUCCUUUGUAAAUCCACACACUUCAUGCUUGACUGUAUUAUGAGUUGAUAUGAGCCAAAUGAACAAAUACAAAUUCUUCUCCCCGUACAAUUUCUUUUUUUUUUAUUUUUAUUUUUUAUUAGUUUUGUGUUGUAUUCUAGUAAAUAGAUGUAAAUACGUGAUUGAGAAUCCAUUGACAGGUUUGGUGAUCAGUAGCAAAACUUUUAUUUAAAUUUGAAUUUUUUUUUUCCUUCCUUUUUUUAUUUUACAUUAACUGCAUUGUCUUGCCAUAUGUCACAAAUUGGUACCUUUUUGCCAAGUACAAGUAACCAAAAGUACUUAUUGCAAAAUAACUGUGAUUUCUCAUAUUGGGAAGACCUUUUUAUUGUUGUCCUGUGUUACCUACUUUCAGUAUUAAAUUCUUUUUCAGAGUUGACUUUAAACAUUUUGCCAGUCACAUGGUUUAGUUUUGUUUAUGGGGAGGUUUCUAAAUGCAGUCGCUUUAUGACAUUUUGCUUAAUGUUUUUCGUACUACACCAAUUUCAUGGGAAAACUAUUAACGCAAUGUGGUUGUGGAGUGCAAUGAAUGAGUUAUUCCUCAUAUUAAUAAAGAGAUCAUUUCAAGGUG